CCACCACCGCUAUCAAUACCCACAAACCAUCACUUAUCCAUCCGGAGUUUUAUUUUAUGCUUAACGCUCCUUCGCUUGGAUUUUUUCCGUCAUGUCUCGUUUCGAAUCUGACGCAAUGAAUUCCCGCGAGCAGUCGGAUAUGCCUCCGGCGCCCUCGUAUCCGUCCCCCAACGCGGCGCAAAUGAGCCAAGGCGCCAUGCAAUACUACACCAACCGCCAGUUGACCACCGACGAGCUCUUGUCCGCUGAGCUCUCCCGCGAAACCUCGGGUCCUAGCCUGGCAGACGGGUCGAGUAAUGGCGUUCAUCACGGCCAGUCGAUGGUUUUGGGGGCCUCCAACCCCGGUGGGCCGGAGAUGGGUCGUCCAUCGUCCCCGGAUCAACAUCAACAACAGCACAUGUUGCAGUUCACUCCGGGUCAGCAGGUGGGCGCGGAUCCGAAUCACGAUUUGAGCUAUGGUGACCAGAGUGCGAGGAGAAAGAGAUCGAAGAUUUCGCGGGCGUGUGAUGAGUGCCGGCGCAAAAAGGUCCGUUGCGAUGCUACCUCGGAAUCCGGCGUCGAGACUUGCUCCAACUGUCGCAGACUCGGUGUUGUCUGCCAGUUCAGUCGCGUCCCGAUGAAACGCGGUCCCAGCAAAGGCUACAUCAAGGAACUUGCGGAACGCCUACACACUCUGGAGAGUCAAAUGCAGCCUGCCGCCAUGGUGCACUCCGACAUGCAGUACCAGGCCAUGAACGAAGUGCCGUCCCCGAGACCUUACCAAGAGUUCUCCCCGCCAAUGGACGCAGGUCCGAUCAGUCGCAAGCGCACAUAUUCUGUCUUCGAAGGACUCCCAAGUUCGUUCUCGCAGCCGCAGUUCAACCCUCGUGGCUCGCAAAAUGCAUUUGACACGACAGAAACCUCCACGGAUCCUGUACUCGCUACCUCUGCGCCCAAGCCGGGUAACCUGUUCUGGCCGGUCAGUAAUGAAGAUGGCCUUCCCGCCGGCAUGGACAUUCCCGAAGUUUCGAAACACCCAGAGGAGGACAUGACACCGCUGGACGUGGAUGAUGGUGCACUGAAUGCCUACCACGUCAACAUUCAUCCGGUUUUCCCGAUUUUGCCGCACUCCAAGGAACGUCUGCUCGAGAUCCUCCACCAAUGCAGUCGCGAAAUCCAAGAGGUAUUCCUCUACAGUCUUUACACGGUGACACGCACCGACAUGGGUCGUGUCGCUGGCGCUUUUGGAAAAGUGGCUUCAUUCGACAAUGCGCAGGACCUUCUUUUGUACUACACGCGGCAACCUGCACUGGUCCGUUCGACUGCGGUUAAUUUGAUAUGGCUUCAGUCGAUGCUACUUAUGAUCAUGGACUGCGACUUCCGAGGACCCGACAACUUUGUGCUCAAGGACGGUGUUCCGAAGCAUACACUUAUCCAGUCUGCUAUCAAACUUGGCUCUGAUUUGGCAAAGGGUCUUGGCCAGUUGAAGAACAAGCGAGCUUCUGACCCUGACCAUGAUUCUGACGCCAACAUUACCCGACGGGAUUGGGUUUCGCUGAUUAUCCUCACUCGCUGGUAUGCCAUCAGUGUGGCUGAUCCGAGUGUCCUUGGAAACCACGAAAUUGGUGGUCGGGAAGAUGAGCGGGUUGUUGGCUCAGUCACGACAGGUGUUGGCUCUUACUCUUCAUUCUUGGUUGAAACGGUCACCCUGGCCACCUCUGACCACAACAUCUGCCAAACCAACACCGGCGUAGGACGUUUGAUCAGCGCAAACCUUGCAGCCUCUCUCGAGCGUCUCUCAGAGGUCCAAGACCUCCGCGGCUUCCACGUCCCCGAAGAGACCUCGUCCGACAGUUUCCUCGAGAGCCUCCAGAACCAGCUCUACUGGACAAUCCGGCUGCUCAUCAAGCGCCACAUCUUCGUCUACAGCCCCUACGAGAUCAUCUACAGCGCGCAAGAGCUCACCAAUGAACUCCACAAGGCAACCAUGCAAUCCCGCCUCUCCACCCCCUUCGACCUGCACAGUCUGGCCCUCGCCUCCAUGACCCUCCUUGAGGCCACUGUCCUCCCCGAAUACGCCAACGAAUGCUGGGAGUCCCUCAACAAGGUCGAAGAAAUCCUCGACCGCCGCACAAAACGCUACACCGGCGUCGAAGAAUUCCAAGAUGUCUUCGCCACCCCAGGCUGGGACAACAAGAUCCGCAUCUUCCUCGAAUGGCGCCGCGCCAAGUCCCAGGAGUCUCAGCUCCAAGAUCCCAACCUGACCAAGAACAACAGCCACAAUGGUAACAACGGCGCCGCCGCCCCGCCUCCGGUCAUGGGCCCCAACGAGCAGCGCUCGCUGCAGCACCUGGCUGACCUUGCCGUUGGCGCUGAGGGAUCUGUCUCUGCGAAUGCGAACGCGUCGUCUCCGCCACCGGCGCUACCGGAGAAUAAUUUCAAUACGGCGGAGGCGCAGGCGCAGCAGGGGCGUAUGAUUGUUGAUUUUACGUUGUUGACCAAGGAGGGGUAUUUGAAUGUGUUUUCGGGGUUGAUUUAUCGUCGACAGCGGUGAUUUUUUUUUAGUUCCCUUGGGUUCUUGUCUCUGCUCUCUUCUCUUCUUUUCUAUAAAUGGAUAAAAAGAACAUGUCGUAUAUGCUUCAUCAACUGAACUGCUU